CUCGCCUAUGACGAAUAUUAUCAGUAAGUAAAGUGAUCUGAUGAAAUUGCCUAUAAAAUACGCUAGUUUCGUUGUCAAGAACAUUACAUUGGCUCAUCGCUGUACAAAGAUGCUAUCGACAACAUAUGCCACUGAAGAUGAACAUUCUCUAAUGGACAUAUUUCAUGGAAGAAAGUACCCAAAUCCAGCCGGUGAAAGAAACAAGGACCCCAUUUUGAAUGUACUGAAGCGCGUCUUCAACACAAAAGAGCCGAAUCUGUUCCUCCUAGAAAUUGCUUCCGGCGUCGGCUUACAUAGCACCUACUUUGCUCACGUCUUCCCUAACAUUACCUUCCAACCGUCGGAGGUUGAUACGUCGCUGUUUGGAAGUAUCGCUGCGUAUCAACACGAAGCCCAACUGGAGAAUCUUUUACGUCCGACAGUUAUCGACAUUUCGAAGCCCUGCAGCGAGUGGAACAAUGGCGCAAACAUUAACCUUGCCAAUUCGGCCGAACGUUUCGACUAUAUGCUGAACAUCAACAUGCUGCACAUAUCGCCGUUCGCCUGCGCCGAAGGACUGUUCCAGAACGCUUCGCAGCUGCUCAAACCAGGCGGUCUACUUGUGACCUACGGACCGUACGCCGUUAAUGGAAUCCUGACGCCGGAGAGUAACGUGAGUUUUAAUGAAUCACUGCAACGGAGAAACCCCGAAUGUGGUAUAAGAGACACGAGUGUUCUGCAGAAAUUGGCCACCCUCAACCGGAUGACGCUCGAAGAAAUGAUAGACCUUCCGGCGAACAACAAAUGUCUGAUUUGGAAAAAGUUGGCAAAACAAUAGAUUUAUUUGAAUGUUUUGUUAGAGCUAACAAAAUUGAAAUACAUAUUUCUCUUUCCACGAA